CUAACACUAUUCAUGAGUAAUGAAUGAAAAGACCCCAGAUAGUGUUUUUGUGCAAGGAAUGUUAAAAUUAAAUAAGGAAGCGGACCAACAAGCCCAACAAGAGUCUUUCUCGAAAAUUAACUUCAAGAUAGAAGAUAUAAACGAUUGGGGAAUGACUGUUAUUUCCAGUGGUAAAUACAUAGGAAAAACUCUUAAAGAGAUCUGCGAAACCGAUGAAGAUUAUUGCUUAAAAGCCCUCAGUCUAAGAAAUAAUCCUGAAUAUCCCGAAUAUAGGCAAUUCAUUGACAACUUUAUCAUAAAAAAAGUUCAUUCAUCGGAAAAGAAUAUCAAUGAGAUGAAACUUAAUCGAAAUUCUAUUCCCAAAAUGCUAAAAGAUAUGCGUCCAUAUCAUUAUGUAAGACUGUACAAUUGUUUUGGCGGAAUUACCAUAAUUCAUACAAAAGAAGUCCACAAUCCACAUUCGUAUUCAGAUUAUAUAAUCAAAAAUAAGCUCUCCGAUUUGAAUGGAGUUUUUUAUCGUUAUAUCAUUCAAAAACAGAUAUGUAAUUUGCAAAAUCGAGAUGCAACUGAUGAACAAGUAGAAUAUCUACUAAUUCAACCAACUUUGAAUUCCGAAUCAGAUUAUAAAAUAUACGUAAAUAAAGAGAAUCAAGUAUUAGAUAUUUUAAGUCAGAUUUACAAUAUUUCAGUAACUCAUCAGAAUUACCAUAUAGCCAGAAGAGACGCUUUGCAUUAUUAUAUCAGCGAAAAGAAAGUUUAUAAAAAGUUUAUAAUUUAUAAUCCGUUAUUGGGAUUAGAGCACAGCCUGGUAUUAGACAAUCUGAAUUUGGAAAAGAUGAUGGGUUUCUUCGAGGAAGUUAUUGUCUAA